GCAGCUGACGAAAAAAGGGCGGUCUCCUGUCUUUUCAGCACCCACGAUGACUUCUUCAGACAGUGAGCUGAGGGAAAUAGUGAAAGAGCUGAAACAUCUUUCGUUCAAGAGACAACAACUUCUGGAAAGGAGAAAAAUCCAGUGCAUAUUUCAAGAAUUAAGGAUACGCGCUGAAUCUGGACAAACAGAUGAAGUUCCCUCGAAUCAGCCUGAGAUUGACAAUAUUGAUCAGCAACUGAAAGGACUGAUUGAAAGGAAAGAUAAACUCCAACAAAGUUACCAGAACAUCCUUUCUGCCAAAGAUAAGAAGGACAAGAAUGGGGUUGGUUUAACUUCCAAUGAGAGGAUUGUGUCUGGUCCUGUUCCUGGUUCAAAUAUUUUCUUUGUUGAUGCUCCACCUACUUUCCCUGCUCCUACAGUGAUUCUGGACUUGGAAAAACUCCCCGCGGCUCCAAGCAGGACGCAGUGUCCAGAGUGUCAGGAGUUCAUCGUGACAGAGACUUUUACCUCCGUCAGCAGUGUGACCUGGAUGGUGUGUUUAAUGACAGCUCUGAUCGGCUGCGUCGCUGGUUGUUGCUUCAUUCCCUUCUGCGUUGAUAGGUUCAAGUCUACCACACACAGAUGUCCUAAGUGUCGAACAUCAAUCUGCACCGUUAAAACCCUCUGAGAGGAAAGCAGCUGGUGAGAACUUAAAGCUUAAACUGUCAAGACAUCAGACACUGACCGGAUGGUGAAGUAGUACUUCAGCAGCAUGGCUCCCUUGCAGAGUUUAUUGGUUAGAGUUCACUGUCAUCGUUAAUCACUCCAUUGUGCAGGAACUGAACUGAAUAACAAUAGUAGAUGGAUAAUGUUUGUCCACUGAAUCAUUUGGAUUCUAUCACUUUGGUUUUAAAGGAGCCCAUGUCAGAUCAUGCGGUUUUCACUAAUAUAGUUGAAUGUACUCUACAUGUAAAUGCACUUUUAUUAGAUAUGUACUUAUUAGAUUUUUAGGAUUUAUGUGUAUGGAAGUAGAUCUGAUCAUGACUAACAUGUUUCCCCUCUGUUCAACGGUGGAUGUUUUUACUUUCUGAGAAGUUGAGAUACCAUACUGGCGAGAAGGUGAACUAAGUGAUUUUGUUCUUGUAUAAAACUAUUGGUGAAUAAUGUAUUAGACACCAAUGUAAAAAUGUAAAAGGUAACAUGGUGUACAAAGUAAAUUCAAUUUUAUUUUUAUAGCCCAACAUCACAAAUAACAAAGCUGUUUUAAGGGGUAAAAUGAAAGAAAUGCCAAGAAGAGCACCAGAGGACAGAGAGACAUGCAAUAGAUAUCUUGUGGACAGAAUAGCACAAUUACAGCAUUUCAGGAUGGCAAAAAGUAGACAGAUCGUAAACAUACAUUGUAUCCGGGAGGACGUUGAACAGCUUCUAGGUACCAUCAAUCAGACCUGAGCCAGACAAGCUCCUCUCCACCUUGGAGACCUGGAAACAGACUGAACAUACAUUCAGGGAGCAAAGCUCCAGCACAUCAUUCACACAGAUAGUAGAAAAACAAACACACAGGAAGAGAGAGCAUUGACACACAUCAGAGAGAGAGAGGCUGAAUCUCUGGCAUGACGAAGUUCUGGACGCAAAACAUCUGAGAAGAGGCACCAACAGCCAGGGGACAGAAGUCAGUCUCCAGAUGGCCAGCGGUCCUGCACAGACAAGCCUGAGAGAAAAGAAAGGACAAGAGGGUGAAACUUUUUUUUUUCCAGAUGAAGGGAGCCUAAUAGGAAAAGUCUGGACAGCCAGCUGACUUCUCUUUCUAUCUUGAGGGUGACACUAGCCCUGACAGCUUUAACUAUAGCCUUAGUUAAAAUUCCAGACUUUUAGUACUAUCGUGCCUGAAAACAAACUCUGUCGUAGUUUGCUGAGAAAGUGAAAGCCAUCAAGAUCACAGACUGCUUUCUCAAGCUGAUAAGAUUAAUAUGUGGCCAGCAGAUGUCACUAGACUCACUACAGUACAACUGUAAUGCAUGAAGGUUGUUACACUAUGGUGGGAGUGAGUAACACACAGGAGCGGUGGUUCAUGCUGAUGGAUAUUAUUAUUUUUCUGUAUGUGUCUUUAUGUCUGUUGUCACACUGUGAUGCCAUGCUUACACUUCCUGAAUAAACUAUUCCAACAAGUCUCAAACUGAUCUUGAUUUUAUAGUUGUCAACCCUUGAAGAGUCGAUCGAUCAGUCAACGAUUUCUCAUUAUUCAUUUGGAUAAAGUCUCGCCAGAGCAGAGCAGGUGACUUUCAUGAUUGGUUGCCC